AAUAAUUUUGGGACAGAUGAGAGUAUCGGGAAUGUCCUAAAACGAGCUUUGCAAUCAUGCGAUCCGAAGAAGAUAUAUUUUCUACUUGUAGGAAUAUAUGAAAAGUCUGGCAAGAAAGAGCACGCACAACAAACCUAUCAGACCAUGACCAAAAAAUUCUCGCAAAGUUCAAAAGUUUGGACGAGUAUGGGCCUAUUUCACAUUAAAAAUGGCGACAUUUCCAGGUCACGUGACUUGCUCCAAAGAAGUCUGCAGACAUUAAACCUUCUUUGGACAGAUGUCAAGGUUAUAACGAAAUUCGCGCAGAUGGAAUUCAAACAUGGCGAAGUUGAAAGGGGUCGUACCAUAUUCGAAGGAAUGAUGAGUAAUUAUCCUAAGCGAGUAGAUUUGUGGUCCAUCUACAUCGACAUGGAGUGCAAGGUCGGAGAUCCGGAUAUCGUUCGGCAAACGUCUUUUUCAAAGGAUAACGACGAUGAAAUUUUCAUCGAAAAAGAUGAA